UAGUGGCGAAACACUACGCUUUUUUAAGACAUUACACCGUGAAUAUAGAAAUCGGUGACGUGUGGCGAGUUUUGUUUUGAGAAGUUAAAUUAAAUCAUUUAUAAGAUGUUUAAUAUUCAAACUCAUAUGGAUUAUGAAGGUCAGCACAAGGCGGAAAAACUAUCACGAUUCAUUAUAGCACUUUUUGGCAUUGUUGGUCUGAUUUGGGGUGGUAUAAUUCAACAAUUUUCACAAACCGUUUAUAUACUUGGAGCCGGCUUCUUACUUGCUUCAUUGGUAACUAUACCACCAUGGCCAAUGUAUAGAAGGCGUCCAUUAAAUUGGCAAAAACCUCGUCCGGAACCCAGUGUACAAGUCAACGAUGGUGAAGAAGUCAAGAAAAAGAAAAAGUGAAAUCCACACAUUCCGAAUUUAAAUAGUAAAAAUAAAUCAUCAAGCAAGAGCGAACUUAGUAAUUUCUACCUUUACAAAUAAAUGAGUGACUAUAGAAAAACUACCGAUUACUAUUAAUUAACAUUGAAGACCUUUAUAAUCAUAACUGUUUUAUAUAAUUUUAUUCCUUUAAAUUUAAUCUUUAUUUAGGACAAAUUUAAUAUAUAUUAUUUUCUAUACAUAUAUUGUAUAAUUAUAUAUAAAUCUAAACGCUCAAAUAAAUUUUAUUUUAAAAA